AUGGCAGAAUUUCGGUGUACGCUAUGGAGUUGGAUUUCUGGGAUCUUAGGAAUAAUGUGCCUUUCGUUGAUGGCUACUUUGGGAAUUGUGUUGACAAAAUCAUUUCAUGAACCAAGUGUUGAGCCACCAAUGUCUACAAUGUCUCCAGGAACCAUUGUACAAUUCCAGAAAGAUUCUGGACAUAGUUCUUGCCAAGAGACAUGGGUUGGCUACCAAUGCAACUGUUACUUCAUUUCCAAUGAAUUCAGAACGUGGAAUGAAAGUAGGGAUUUCUGUGUUUCUGAGAAUUCUACUCUACUUCAGCUGGACAACAGAGAUGAACUGAAUUUUAUGAAAUUUAAUGCAAACUUUUACUGGAUUGGAGUCACCUACAGUGCAGAUUACCAUGACUGGGUUUGGUUAAAUGGCUCUGUUGUCACCCAAGAAUUUCCGAUAAAUAUUAAAGCAAGAGAAAACAAGUGCCUAACAUACAGUGGAGAGAAACGCACUUUGGAUUCCUGUGACCCGAUCAGGAUCUUCUGGAACAAGCACCCUGCCAGCCUUCCCUCCAGCCACCUGGAGCUUACCUCCUUAUGGCAGCUUGUCGCACCAAUAUAUGGAGGUGGAUUUCUGGGAUUUUAGGAGUGACUUGCCUUUUGUUGAUGGCUACUUUGGGAAUUGUGCUGAAAAAAUUUUUUAUCUUAGAGUCUGGCUGCUGUUCUUGUGGAGAAGGAUGGAUUGGGUACCAGUGCAACUGUUACUUGAUUUCCACAGACCUAAAAACUUGGGAAGAGAGUAGAAAUUUCUGUGCUUCCCAGAAUUCCACUCUAUUUAAAAUGGACAACAAAGAU